AUGAGAGCCGGGUGGGAAUCUAGCUCAACAAAGAGUCUUUCUCGUCGGACCCAUAUACCCAUGAAUGAUUUCAGACUUUAUCACACCUAUUUCGGAGGAUGGUCAACAGACUUGGGAAGUCACCUUCUUCUUUCUCAUGCUAUUACCGAAAGCUCUUUUCUUAGGAAGGAUUAUUCCAGUUUUCAGUCUUAUGACCUGCGCCCUUUCACCGGCGAUGGUAAGUCUACCGGUGCCAUCAUGAAAUCACCUCCUGAAAUACCACCAUAUAUCCACCUAUCGAAUUGGAUAACGGUAUUAGGAUCUAGCAACCACCUUGGUGUAGUCGAUAAAUCCCAACCGACUCCCAUAUCAUAA